CAGUAGUACGUCUCCAAACGAUGCAAGGUUCUUCGAUGUAGAAAGGUCGAGUUGAACGCCACGCAACCACUACUGGCUAGACUAAACAGCACGAGACGCACGAGCACACUCGCCGGCCAAUAAUGGAGGCGACGACGACGCUGCCGCUGCUUGGCCUGCUGCUCCUGCUACCCCUCCUCCUCAUCAAGCUCAAUCUCGUCCCCAGGAGCAACGCCCCGGCGUCGUCGUCGUCGCAGCCCGGGAAGCCGCCGCCGCGCCUGCCUCCGGGGCCGUGGCAGCUGCCGCUCAUCGGCAGCCUCCACCACCUCCUCCUGUCGCCGCACGGCGACCUCGCGCACCGGGCCCUGCGGGACCUGUCCGCCCGGCACGGCCCGCUCAUGAUGCUCCGCCUCGGCGCCGUGCCCACGCUGGUGGUGUCCUCGGCCGAGGCGGCCAGGGAGGUGAUGAAGACCCACGACGCCGCGUUCGCGAGCCGGAACCUGACGCCGACGCUGGGCGUGUUCGGCGACGGCGGCCGCGACAUCCUCUUCUCCCCCUACGGCGACCUGUGGCGCCAGCUCCGGCGGAUCUGCGUGCUCGAGCUCCUCUCCCCGCGCCGCGUCCGGUCCUUACGCCGCAUCCGGGAGGAGGAGGCCGCGGGCCUGCUCCGCUCUGUCGCCGGCUCCUGCGCCGCCACCCAGGGCGGCGCCGCGGUGGUCGACAUCGGCGAGAGGAUCUGCCGCGCGAUGAACGACAUCGUGGUGCGGUCGGCGGUUGGUGGCAGGUGCCCGCGGCGCGACGAGUUCCUGAGCGAACUCGACACGGCCGUGAUGCUCAGCUCCGGCUUCAACCUGACCGACCUGUACCCGUCGUCGCCGCUGGUGCGGUGGCUCAGCCGCGGGCUGCGGGAGGCCAAGCGGUGCAACCGGGCCCUGCGCGACAUCAUGGGCGAGAUCAUCCGAGAGCAGUUAUCCGUCGACGGGGGACGCGAGGAGCAGGACGACGACGACGACGACAACAACAACCACCUGCUGGCCGUGCUGCUGAGGCUGGAGAGAGACGGCGACGCGCAGUGCCCGCUUACCACACACAUCAUCACCACCGUCGUCUUGGAAAUUUUUGCGGCGGGGAGCGAGACCUCAUCAACAAUAUUAGAAUGGGCAUUGUCGGAGCUGAUAAGAAACCCGCGAGUGAUGCUGAAGGCUCAAGCGGAGUUGCGAGAGGCCUUCAAGGGCCAGCACAAGCUAACCGAGGCCGACAUGGAGAAGCUCCGCUACCUGCCCUUGGUGGUCAAGGAGACGCUGCGCCUGCACAUCCCCGUCCCGUUCCUGCUCCCGCGGGAGUGCCGGGAGGCGUGCCGCGUGAUGGGCUACGACGUACCCGAGGGGACGAAGGUGCUCGUGAACGCGUGGGCGAUCGCGAGGGACCCGAGGUACUGGGAGGACCCGGAGGAGUUCAGGCCGGAGAGGUUCGAGGGGUCCGGCGUGGACUUCAAGGGCGCCGACUUCGAGUUCAUCCCUUUCGGCGCCGGCCGGCGGAUGUGCGCCGGCGCCGCGCUCGGGCUGGCCAACAUGGAGGUUGCGCUCGCGGGCCUGCUCUACCACUUCGACUGGGAGCUUCCGGAGGGAGGGGCGGGAGAGGAGCUCGACGUGGGGGAGGUCCUUGGUAUCACCGUGAAGAGGAAGUCCAAGCUGGCGCUCCGCGCUACGCCGCGGAUCCCAUGCGCGUACUGACAUUCCUCUCGGUCGUCGCUGCCCGCGUAUCACUUAAUUUGGCUGCUCUUGCUGGCUAGAAUAAUUAAUCCGCAAGGGUGUGGCUUGUAAAAAGAAACCGUUUUAAUGUAGCGUAGCAUGCACGUCAGUCCAAAUCAUGGAUCUCCUGGAUGAUACGCUUGGCUUGUGCGGCUGAUGUAGUACUUGAUGCUUA